AUGUUUAUAGCAAUCAUUGGUACACCUUCGUCAGGUAAACAGACCAUCUUGGAAUACCUGGAGAAGAAAUAUGGGUUCAAGAGAGUAACGCUGGAGAAAAAAGGUAAAGCCGUCGUAGACCAGGCUAAGAUAAGCGGAAAUGAGCUGGACCAACCUAUGAAUGAAAUGAGCGUAUCCUCCAGUACCACACCUACACCUUCAACACCCCUUGGAUCACCUUCCUCAAAUCUGUGCUUCACUUCCCAGUCAUCCUUGCUCGACUUCAUAACUCGGAAUUGGCUCUCACAUCAUGUCACUACCGAUUUAACAAGUUACGAGGAGAUCGAACCAUUCGUCAAACGUCCGUUCUUCCUAUGUGUCAGUGUGGAUGGACCUAUUCUAGUGAGAUACGAAAGAGAGAAGAUACGAAAAUCUGAGACCGGUUCAUCGCUUUCUCUCGAGGAAUUCAUCCAGUCUCACGAUGCCCUCCUAAACGGCUCAUUACCCUCCAUCCCAUCUUCAUCUCUCUCACAACACCCUCAAACCGAUUUCAAACGAUCAUUGUCCCUGGCUCAGAUCUCAAUAUGUAAUAAUUUCCCUACAGUCCACGACCUUGAGGGGUAUUUGGAUAAGUUGAAUUUGGUGGAUGAAGAGAGGUUGAGACCUGGCUGGGAUACUUAUUUCAUGACCCUCGCAUCGUUAGCAUCUCACCGAUCAAAUUGUAUGAAACGUCGUGUUGGAGCUCUGCUCGUCAGAUCCAAGCGGAUCCUGUCCACGGGAUAUAAUGGAACUCCUAGAGGAACGAAGAACUGUAAUAUGGGUGGAUGUAGGAGGUGUAAUGGUUCCGCGAGGGGUGGUGAAGCAUUGGACGAAUGUCUGUGUUUGCAUGCUGAGGAGAAUGCCCUAUUGGAAGCCGGUCGUGAGAGGAUAGGAAAUGAUUCUGUUAUAUAUUGUAACACUUGCCCAUGUCUCAGAUGCUCAGUCAAGAUCGUACAGUGUGGUGUCCGCGAAGUAGUCUACAAUCAAAGUUACAGUAUGGACGAAGCGUCUGCAGCCGUACUGAAGGAAGGAGGUGUAAUUUUACGACAAUUACAUAUGCCUGGUCAACUAUAA